AUGGCAGAGUCAGAGAGCGCCAGCUUGCUCAAGAAGAGCUCCGGGGACAUUGCGUAUGGCACUUCGGCAUCGAAGCUGGUGUCGGCUACCGCCAGCACCUUCGAGACGGUGGACUGGGAGUUCGGGGCGGAGAGGGACAGGCUGCUGCGAGAGGCGCUGCAGAAGAGCAGGCAGAUGCGGCACCGGUCACGGAGCAAGUGGAGGAGGAUCCUGUCGGACAGCCUGACAGCAGGGGAGGGCUGGUUUGUGUUCCUCAUCGUGGGGUUCUUCACAGGCCUGCUUGCUGGGAUGAUUCAGGUGUCGAGGGAGUGGGCGUUUGACCUCAAGUUCGGCUACUGCAGCGAGGGAGGGUUCUGGAACUCGAGGAAGGAGUGCUGCAGGAUAUCCAAGGACGAGGACUCGUGCUGGCAGUGGAGGACAUGGUCGGAGUUCCUCAUGGGCCUGCCCGGGAGCGGCAAGAGGGACCGGGGGUACGGCCUCGACUACCUCCUCUACAUGCUCUGGUGUACUGUGCUGGGAACCUGGUCGGCCUGGCUGGUGAAGACGUUCGCUCCCUUCGCGUCGGGGUCCGGCAUCCCUGAGAUCAAGACCAUCCUGGGAGGGUUUGUGAUGAAGGGCUACCUAGGAGGACGCGUGCUGUUGAUCAAGAGCGUCGCCCUCGUCCUGUCCGUGGCCUCGGGGCUCAGCGUUGGGCUAGAAGCGGCUUACGUGCACAUCGCAUGCUGCGUCGCCAACGUGAGCUCCCGCUACUUCUCCAAGUACGCCACGUCAGAGGUCAAGAAGCGCGAACUGCUGUCCGGUGCUGCCGCUGCCGGCAUCUCCGUUGCCUUCGGAGCCCCUGUAGGAGGAGUUCUCUUCAGCUUGGAGAUGCUGAGCUCCUACUUCCCCCCCAAGACAAUCUGGCGUUCCUUUUACUGCGCCAUCGUCGCCGCCAUCACGCUGAGAGGAAUCGACCCCCUGCAUAGCGGCAAGCUGGUGGCCUUCGAGAUCACCUACCACUACGCGUUCGGUUGGUUCGAGCUGCCCAUCUUCGUCAUGCUCGGGGCCAUCGGCGGGCUCCUCGGCACUCUCCUCCUCAAGCUCAUGGUGCGAUACGCCUACCUCCGCCAGACUACCCGCAUAGCCCGCCAUCCUCUCUAUGAGGCUGCAGUUGUCUCCUUUCUCUCGGCAUCGGCGACCUAUCUUUCAACUUUUCUGAGGAUGGAUACAACGGAUCUUCUUGCCGCUCUGUACUCGGAUUGCAAGUAUGAGACGAACGCAACGCUCUGCGUGGAAAGCGACGCAUCAAACAUCAUCAUCUUCCUCCUCGCCUGUGCGCUCAUCAAGUUCAUCCUGACCAUCUUCGGUCCCAACACCAUCGUGCCGGGAGGGCACAUGGUCCCCUCCAUGGCCGUCGGGGCUUGUCUGGGACGAGUCUUCGGCUUCUGCUUGAGUCUAGUGCAGGAGCGAGUAGGAGACGUCGGUUUCUUCGCAGAGUGCGCAGGGCACGACCCUUGUAUCACCCCGGGGGUGUACGCGAUCAUCGGGUCAGCUGCCAUGCUGUCGGCUGUUUCAAGGAUGACAGUCUCGCUCGUUGUCAUCAUCUUCGAGCUCACUGACGGCAUCGACUACAUCAUGCCCACCACCAUCUGCAUCCUCGUCGCCAAGUGGGUCUCCGAUGCCUUCGGCCGCGAUGGAAUCUAUGACGAGCUCAUCAUUCUUCACGACUAUCCCUACCUCAACAACAAGAUGGAGUUUGUCUUCAACGAGACGGCAGCAGACGUCAUGAAGUCAAGGGAUCUGUGCGUCAUAAAUGCGACAGGAAACACUUACGGCAGCAUCGCCAACCUCCUUAACACAACAGAGUUCAGCGGGUAUCCCAUCGUGAAGUCCAUGGACAGCAUGCAACUGAUCGGCUACAUCUCACGUGCCAACCUGGAGACCGUGCUCAACGCUAAGACCCCGGACAUGACAGACGCUACCCAGUGCUUCUUCACCAACGAUAGGCCCUUCCCCCGCAACGCCCCCUACCUCGACUUCAACCCCUGGCUCGACCAAAGCCCGAUCCAGAUCGUAGAGACCACUCCUCUCAACCGCGUCAUCGACGCCUUCCGAGCUCUGCGCCUCCGCUACGUCCUCGUCGUUCGCAACGGCGCGCUGGUCGGCAUCACCACAAAGCGAGACAUCCUGCGCAGGAUUCAUACUUUCAGGGGGACCCACAAGUUCGCCAGCGUCAACGUGAAGAGGAGCUGA